UGAGAUGUGUUUCUUGCUUAUCACGAUUCACAUCGAGCUUCCAGCAGCUGAGGAUGCUGCUGAACGGAGCAAUUUGAAGCCAGGAUCAGCUCCGACAGCUGCAACCUUUUCGUUAUUUCCAUUCCUGCUGAAUGCAUCUCCUUCCAUUUGGUGUAAUUUUUUUAUUUUUGAAUUCUUCUAAAUUUUUGGGGACACUAUGAGAGCCAAUGCAUUCCGGAUGCAUUCCUGCUGCUGCUGGCUGGGACUAUGAUUUAUCAGCUUUGUUCUCAUGACUGACUUGCGCUCGUUCAGUCGCGCCGAAGCGGGAGAAAGCAGCGGUGAAUCCUCCUCAACUUUCUCCAGCAUCUUCGACGAUUCCAGCUGCAGCAGGUACUUUGAGCACUUGAGCUGUGUGUAGGUGUCGAAGCAGCCAUGUGGAGCAGAGAGAGCGCUUCUUUACUUCUCAUCUGCCUGCUGGCGCUCACAGUUCUCUGGAAAACCAGAUCAGUGAAUGCCGACGCCACAUCUGAUGCCUUUAAGACCAACAUCACCCUGUUCACUCGCAUCCUGGACAGCCUGCUGGAUGGGUAUGACAACCGUCUGCGGCCUGGUCUUGGAGACAGGGUAACUGAGGUGAAGACGAACAUCUACGUCACCAGCUUUGGACCAGUUUCAGACACAGACAUGGAGUACACCAUAGAUGUUUUCUUCCGGCAAACCUGGAAGGACGAAAGGUUGAAAUUUCACGGACCGAUGAACAUUCUGCCCCUCAACAACCUGAUGGCGAGUAAGAUCUGGACUCCAGACACCUUCUUCCACAACGGGAAGAAGUCUGUGGCUCAUAACAUGACGAUGCCGAAUAAACUGCUGAGGAUCAAAGAUGACGGGACGCUGCUGUACACCAUGAGGUUAACUGUGCAUGCAGAGUGCCCAAUGCAUCUGGAGGAUUUCCCCAUGGACUCUCAUUCCUGUCCACUAAAAUUUGGCAGCUAUGCCUACACAAUCUCAGAAGUGACUUAUGCUUGGACUAAAAAUGCGUCGGACUCUGUUGUGGUGGAAGGAGAAAGCUCUCGGCUGAACCAGUACGACCUGCUCGGACAAUCGGUCGGACAAGAAACUAUCAAAUCGAGCACAGGUGAAUACACAGUGAUGACAGCUCAUUUCCAUCUGAAGAGGAAGAUCGGCUACUUUGUCAUCCAGACGUACCUGCCCUGCAUCAUGACAGUCAUUCUUUCCCAAGUGUCUUUCUGGCUCAAUAGAGAAUCAGUGCCGGCUAGGACUGUGUUCGGUGUGACCACUGUUCUCACAAUGACAACACUGAGUAUAAGUGCGAGGAACUCCCUGCCGAAGGUUGCCUACGCCACCGCCAUGGACUGGUUCAUUGCUGUCUGCUAUGCCUUUGUCUUCUCCGCUUUGAUUGAGUUUGCCACCGUCAAUUACUUCACAAAGCGCGGCUGGGCUUGGGAUGGAAAGAGUGUCGUGAAUGACAAGAAAAAAGAGAGGGCGUCUGUGAUGAAGAAGAACAACGCCUACGCUGUUGCAGUAGCCAACUACGCACCGAACAUCACCAAGGACUCCAGCACACUUCCGACCAUCGCCAAAGGUGGAGCUGUGGAUCCCAACAAGCCCAAAGCAGACGGCAAAGCUCCAGAAAGCAAGAAGACAUUCAACAGCGUUAGCAAAAUUGACAGGAUGUCUCGAGUUUUGUUUCCAGUUCUCUUUGGCAGCUUCAACCUCGUCUACUGGGCCACCUACCUAAACAGAGAACCCGUUAUAAAGGAUAUGGUCCCCUCUAAUUAGAGACCAGUCUGAUGGCUUCUGGUCUGGGGACUGAGAGAUGAACCAAAUACCUCCAGCAACUGUGUACACAUACCUUUGCAGAGUGAAGUCCUGGAUUGCAGUAUGAUCCUCUAUCUCCGCCUGUUUUCUACACCAUCUGCCGCACUUUUUAAAAGCCUGGCUUUUGUAAAUGUGUAUGUAUAUUUCUAUUCAUGGUUUCAUGGUGACAUAUUGUGUGAUUUCUUCGAUUAGAGUGCAUAUUUCCUUCAAAGUAUGUUUCCAGUUACAGUAUGUGGCCACUGUACAUACAAAUCAAACAAAGAGUAAACACAUAACCAUCUACACACCUGUUUUAUUUAAGAUUAAUUCUAAGUGUGUCAAAUUUUUGCUGGUAAUACCCACUUUCUUGAUAUCACAGUAUAUAAUUUUGUUCUGAGUGAAAGGGACUACUGAUUAUAUAAUUAUUCUUUCUUUCCUUGCCAUAUGAGAGUGGCCUGACUCUUUUUCUUUCUGUCCAAGCCAAUGCAAAAACACACUUGUAUAAUAUUGUUACAGUGUAAAACUCGUUUUAUGCUCUGUGACUUCAGGUAUGGGGCUGCAAACUAACACUGAUCUCCAGAAUUACUGAAACAGUCCACAUAAUCCAUGAAGGCUGUGAAAAUGAGAGGCUAUGUGUUCUGCCGGGUUCAUGGAAUAUUGUUGGACUACAGGACAAUAUCUCCAAAGAAUCAAGGGACAAGGUAAAUUGACAGGAGGUGCAUCUUUGUCAAAGGAUUUUAUAUAUGGUAGCAAAUGGGAUGAUUUUGGAGCCAGACGAGCAGCAGGUAGCAGGUGUGGAAUUCAGUGCUGUCAUUCUCAUAAACAUCUGACUUUAUAAGUGCUUUUCUGCUGCAGGAACUAUUAUUAUUAUUAUUGUUUUAUUUGUUUUUAGGGAUGGCCCAAACUUUUGUACAGUUCUGAUGGCAAGAACUGCUGCUGUAGAACCUCUAUCAGGGAGAAAAAGUAUGUUCUUCUAAACCACACAGAAAAACUGCUGUGUUCAUCUGAAUUCUGUACAUUCUGAGGACAACAAGCACCAUUUUUCUGUUCUUAUCUAGUAGCAGUUUUCUCUAACAUCACCAUUAACAGUGUGCAGAAGGCCGUAUAGGCUAACAUAGCAAACCUUGUGCUCAUUGACUUCCAGUAACUUCGAUUUGUCCUUGUUUUGACAUCACAGUUCAACCACUUCAGUCUUUUUGGAAACAGAAAGAGACCAUUGGGGUUCAUACCUGUACAUUUUUGCACCACCUCCAACCUGCUUUGAGUUCCUGCAGCGGAAAACCACUUUAGAAAAGGGUCUCUAAUAGUUGAUAGAAUCAUUAAAAUGAAACAUCAUAGGGGAAAGUACAAUGCAAUGAUGUUCUUGGGCCACCAGGGGCGCAGAAGAACACUAAGCCUGACAGAAAGUACUUUUAGGCUAAUAUAAAAUGCCUUCUUACACACCAGCAGACAAGCAGCAACAUUAGCAUUCAUCUGGAGAUGUGUUUAAGGACUCGGUACAAAUGUAAAUCCAAUAUGUACCCACUUUUUAGCUGUGUUUUGAUCUCCACAUCUCCUGAGGGGACUGUAGCUGUUUCUUCAGCAGGUAGCUAGUGACGUUGCUCACGUUGUCUUUCUGAGAUUUGAUGCUGAAGAAGUUACUUGACUUGUCAAAGGUUUGUUAGCUGAACACAACUAAGCUUCUUUCACAUCAAACACUGCCAAAUGUUGCUGAAUAAAUAUCAUUAGAAAUAUAGAAAAGGAACAGAAGCUACAUAAAUGUGUACGUUUAUUUAUCAUCAAGCCCAAAUAAUUUCACGUGCUUGUUGCUAUUAUAUAGUAUAAAUGCACUCAAACCUCGGCCUUCAGAUGGACCUGAUGUGCAAACAGCCUGUUUAAAAUGUGCGCACCAAAAGUGGAUUUAAUUCUGGAGGACAGUGUGGAUUUCUUGAUGUUGACGAGAGCACUGUGGCACCAAUCAACAUGUCUGCCAUUCAAAUUUUCAUGUCUGCCAUUCAAACUUUCAUUAUUCAUCGCCACUGUCUGGCUAUUUCCAACACAACUCAUGAGCACCACAAGUUGUUCUGAAAUAACUGCAGACUUGAGAGGGAUGGGAUUGGAAACAGGCCUGAUUUGUGCCAAAAUGAACUUCAGCGAAUCAUGUGUUAAAGUUCUUUUAAUAGCGAUGCUUCUUUGCCAGGAAAUCUUCUGUGUAAAAGGCCUACAGUGAGAAGGUAAAGUGAGUAUUUGGGGUGUUUUUUUAAUUUCAUCUCAUACUCAGAUGCAGAUUUGUUGCUGUGUACACUACAACUUUAGACCUUAACUCAAAAGCCAUAUGCAGUUUUCAUGUAAUCCAAUUCCAUCAGGAGCAAAAUAACAGGGACCAAUGAUGAUUGUGCUUCAUGAGCAUGUGGUAAAAUUAUCAUAUUUUGUUAAAAUUAUGGAAAGGCUGUGAUGUUGGUUAAAUAUUUAAAAGAAUUCCUUUAAUAUAUGAGCAGUAUGAGGAUGUCAGAAUCCAUGAAUUAGAAACUAUGUAUUGUACAAACCUUUUUUGUUCAAGAUAUAGUCGCUUUACCACCAUGAUUAUUGUAUAUUGUGUAUGAAAACUCACAUUCAGCCCCAUAUCAGCAGUCAUAUAUGGUACUCUGAGGUGUUAUUUUCAUGAAGUGAUAUGAUUUUUCUUCACAUCAGUAUCUUAAUUUAACUUGGUUCGUUUGCUGAAUCAAACUUUGCAUGGAGAAAACUCUAGUACUUUUAUGAUUUAGUUUUUCUUAUGUCGUCGGAUAUUAUUAAUAUUUUCUCCAACAUCCUGAUAGAAUCUUAAACAUUCCAGAUAAAAUGAUUGUUCACGAGGUGGAUGCUUGAUUUAGUGCACAGUUUCUAAUAAAACACAAUAUUUCAGUUCUUUA